GUUGCGUCAUUCGUUACGUAAACCGAAAACGUGACAAUGCGGUACCCUGUUGACAAUCAACGACCGCGCCGUUAGCCUUUUGUUGGUUAUGAUCGGAGGUUAUAUUUAUUUUUUAGUGAUACGCUAUAGAAAUGUUAAUAGCCGUUAAUAAUUGUUGAAAACGAUGAGAUAGCAUCGAUAUGCGUCCGACCACUCAUUGCGUUACUCGUAGAGAAUAUAUCGGCGGAUAAAGGCAGCUCUCCCACGAGCAGAAAAAAUUAUCGUUUUGUUCUAUUUUGUAAAACAAUUUUUUUUUUUUAACAUGAAGGUGGAUAAACAGGGCCUGAGCGAAAAUAUUUUGGUGGGCUUGGGAAACCCGCUGCUGGACAUUUCCGCGGUCGUAGAUAAGGAUUUUCUGGACCGGUACCACAUGAAAGAAAACGAUGCCACAUUAUUCGAUCCCGAGAAACACGGUAACCUAUACGGCGAUUUGACAACGAAAUAUAAAGCAGAAUACAUAGCUGGUGGCAGUGUACAGAACGCCUUACGGGUGGCACAGUGGAUCCUGGAGAAGCCCAAAGUUACCACGUUUUUCGGUUGCGUCGGUGUCGACGACUACUCGAAAAUUUUGCACGAACGGGCCACUUCGGACGGGGUUAACGCAGUUUAUCAAUAUAACGAUCGAGAGCCAACAGGCACGUGUGCCGUUCUGAUUACUAAGUUUCACAGAUCGCUCUGCGCCCAUCUCGGUUCGGCAAAUUGUUUCACCAUUGAUCACAUUAGCAAACCAGACAAUAGGAAAUUGUUGGAGGGCGCAAGAUUUUAUUAUAUUUCGGGUUUCUUUUUGACAGUCAACCCUCCGUCUAUACAGGAGGUGGCGAAAUUGGCACUGGCCCAUGACAAACCAUUUAUAAUGAACCUCAGCGCCCCGUUUAUAUCGCAGCUUUAUAAAGAGCCUCUGAUGCAGGUUAUGCCUUAUGUGGAUGUCAUUUUUGGUAACGAAACGGAAGCAGAGGCUUUCGCGACAGAGCAGUCGUUCGCCACGAAAGACGUUAGGGAGAUUGCCUUAAAAAUUGCCGCGCUUCCCAAACUAAAUAAAAAGAGAGGUAGGAUAGUGAUAAUCACCCAAGGUAUUGAUCCGGUGGUGGUAGCCCAUGAUGGUGAGAUAUCCGAGUACCCCGUAGAGGCGCUGCCCUCCGAAAAACUCGUCGACACGAAUGGGGCCGGUGACGCUUUCACAGGUGGGUUUUUGUCGCAAUACAUUCAGGGAAGAGAGCUCGACGUGUGCGUUAAGUGCGCGAUUUGGGCGGCCCGGGAGAUCGUGCAGAGAAGCGGGUGCACAUUCGAUGGGAAAGCGGCCUUCGAUCCGUCCAAGUAACGUAAUUAUUUUUUAUUUAAUCGGGUCCAUUUUACCAUAGGAUCGGCGACACGAUAGGUCAAUUGUGGUGUUCACGGUAAUAGGAAUGAUAUUGUACUAAGAUUUUUUACAGGUUAAAGUUGUAGAUGUUGAAUAAAAAAAAAACAAA